GCAGGUCCGGAAGCGGGGCCCCAGACCUGCCUGCCUGCCCGUCCAUCUGUCCAUCCGCCGUCCAUCCAUCCAUCUACCCACCCACCCUCGCAUCCAUCCAGUCCUUGUUCAGGGCCUGCUGAGUGCUAGCACUGUGCCGAGUGUGGGGCUGCAGUAGAGGAAAAAGACAAGUCUGGUCCUUGCUGUCUUUUGGCUCUCAGUCUAGUAGUAAAGUUAACGGCUACUGUUUGGAAAGAGAUGUGCUGGGAUGGUUUAUCCUAUUGGCCUGGGAUUAUGAAGCCCAACACGUGUUCCUGGACUUCUCCAGACAGGUUAUGUCACCGACAGAGGCUGUCCUGAAGCUCCCUGUGGCCCGGAGACUAUGUACAAGAGGAAUGGUCUGAUGGCUAGUGUGUUGGUCACCUCUGCCACUCCACAGGGCAGCAGCAGCUCAGACUCUCUGGAGGGCCAGGGCUGCGACUAUGCCAGCAAGAGCUACGAUGCCGUUGUCUUCGAUGUCCUGAAAGUGACUCCCGAGGAGUUUGCUAGCCAGAUCACAUUAAUGGACAUACCCGUGUUUAAAGCCAUCCAGCCGGAGGAACUAGCCAGCUGUGGAUGGAGUAAGAAGGAGAAACAUAGUCUCGCUCCCAACGUCGUGGCCUUUACCCGGAGGUUUAACCAGGUCAGUUUUUGGGUUGUACGAGAAAUUCUAACAGCACAGACUUUAAAAAUAAGGGCAGAAAUCCUGAGCCAUUUUGUGAAAAUAGCCAAGAAACUUCUAGAACUCAACAACCUUCAUUCUCUCAUGUCUGUGGUGUCAGCAUUACAAAGUGCACCCAUCUUCAGGCUGACAAAAACCUGGGCUCUGUUGAAUCGAAAAGACAAGACCACCUUUGAGAAAUUGGACUACCUGAUGUCUAAAGAAGAUAAUUACAAGCGGACUCGGGAAUAUAUCCGAAGCCUGAAGAUGGUUCCCAGUAUUCCCUAUCUAGGCAUCUAUCUUCUGGAUUUAAUCUACAUUGAUUCUGCAUAUCCUGCCUCAGGCAGCAUCAUGGAAAACGAACAAAGAUCCAAUCAGAUGAACAAUAUUCUCCGAAUAAUUGCGGAUUUACAAGUUUCCUGCAGCUACGACCACCUCACAACCCUGCCCCACGUGCAGAAGUACCUGAAGUCUGUGCGCUACAUUGAAGAGCUCCAGAAGUUUGUGGAAGACGACAACUACAAACUGUCGCUCAGAAUUGAACCAGGAAGCAGCUCCCCGAGACUAGUCUCUUCCAAGGAAGAUCUUGCAGCCCCCACCGGCGGCUCCAGUUCUGCGAGGUUCAGCCGGCGGCCCACCUGUCCUGACGCAUCUGUGACUGGCAGCCUCCCCACGCCCCCAGUUCCGAGACACAGGAAGAGCCACAGCCUGGGCAACAAGUGGGUGACUGAUAUGAUGUGUCAGUUGAGUGUAGUUGAGAGUAAAAGUGCGACAUUCCCAUCGGAGAAAGCGAGGCACCUGCUGGACGACAGUGUCCUGGAGUCGCGCAGCCCCCGCAGGGGCCUCGCCCUCGCCUCCUCCUCUGCCGUCACCAAUGGACUCACCCUCGGCAGUAGUGAGAGCUCAGAGUUUAGUGAAGAGACGUCUUCAGGGCUGGCAAGCAGGGGACGUCUCUAUGCCACGCUGGGGCCCAACUGGCGGGUUCCAGUUCGGAAUUCUCCCAGAACCCGGAGCUGCGUCUACAGCCCCACCGGCCCGUGCAUCUGUACGCUGGGGAGCUCGGCGGCGGUCCCCACCAUGGAGGGGCCUCUGAGAAGGAAAACUCUGCUCAAGGAAGGACGGAAGCCCGCGCUGUCCUCGUGGACCAGGUACUGGGUCACACUCUCAGGAUCCACCCUCCUGUACUACGGAGCCAAGUCCUUGAGGGGCACAGACAGAAAGCACUAUAAAUCCACACCUGGCAAAAAGGUCUCCGUCGUGGGCUGGAUGGUGCAGCUGCCCGACGACCCUGAGCACCCGGACAUCUUCCAGCUGAAUAACCCCGACAAAGGCAAUGUUUACAAGUUCCAGACUGGUUCCCGGUUUCAUGCAAUACUGUGGCACAAGCAUUUGGAUGACGCAUGUAAAAGCAACAGGCCUCAGGACCAGGCUUCAGGAGAAAUGCUUUACGUGCAGGAAUUGGCCGAAUCCUCCCAACAUCCCUGUGAGUUCUUCUGUCCGUGAUCCCAAGAAUGAUUUCCUGCUUUUGGCUAUUCUGAACAGUGCUGCUGUGACCGUUCUUAUAACUGUCUCCCAGUGCAAGGAGAUGCGUUUUUUUCCAAUUCAUCAUUUUGACCAAAUUGCCACCAAGAUGGAUUUGUUUUUGAUGAAAUUGUUUCUCAUCAAAUUUCCUGGAACCCCACGGCAGUGCUGGGGGAGGAGGCCUGGGGCUGGGGGCAUGUCCACAGCUUUGAGGGGAGGGAGAAACACCCUGACCUUGGGGCUGGUGGUCUCCCCGGUAAAGGUAGCUGGGAUCUGGGCCUGGGGACACAGCAUGGGAAGCCUUGGGAUUCCCGAUAUCCCCAAAUUUCCCCCUUCUCCUUGUGCUUCCACUUGCCAACUCUUGCCACCCGUUAACCACCCCCUCUCCUCUCCAGAGGCAAGUGCUUAUCCUACAGGAUUGGUCAGCUCUCCACUCCAAAUGCACUUGUGCUUUGACCCAAGGACAGAGGUUGAGAGCGUGGGCACUGGUGUCUUAGCCCUGUCACUCACCUGCUGUGUACUUCACCUCUCUAAGCCUCAGUUUCCUCAUCUUUUUAAUGGGGAUAAUUCCAGUACCUGCCUCCUGGGGUUGUUGUGAGGACUCAGGACACAAUACAGAUGCGGUACUCAGAGCCUUGCCUGGCACACAGCAGCCCCGUAACACGUGGUGGCUGGUACCACUGCUGUGCCCUCUCCCCUUCCCCCACCACCCACUCAUUCACAGACUGACUGGGAGAGGCCUGAACCCUUCCCUUAGGGACCACCCCCAUCCCCUCCUGAAAGGUCAGAACUUUGACAAGAGGCUGAGCUUUCUCUUCUAGGUACCUGCAAACCUUAUGUCAUUUGAAUAAGUCUCUGCAGGACUUAGCGUGACUUCAGAGGCCUCUGGGAGCCGGCCUGGGACUGGUGGCGAAGCGCGUGUCCGGGGCACAGGCCUUUGGUGGGGUGCUGGGAGACUCAGAGCUGGACUCGAGGGGACACGGCCAAGGCCUCACAGUCCAGAGGGCUCCACCGGUGCGGGGGUCCGCCUGCCGAUGCCCAGCCACCCCCAUGACCCCCGUUCUGCAGCACCACCUCACGGGGCCGCGAUGGGUCCCCAGACUGUACAACCCGUCCUCCCUCCCUGGGCCCUCAUCCGUCCACCAGCUGCUGCUGCGACCAGAGAGCAUCCGUCCCACGUUGGGUCCCCAGUGCUUUCUCCUGCACAAAAGAGUGGACAGCGUCCCCCCGCGUGAGGGCUGGAGGGAAGGGACAGGCGGGGACUGGCUCCGGUGUGCCAGGUCGCUCGCCCACAGGGCUGCCUCAGAUUUUGUACAACCCCGAAGCGUCCUCUGCGUGUGCGUGCCGUGUCUGUGUGCGUGGAAGCGAGCGAGCGUGGACUCUCCGAGAAACAUGCAUUUUGGCACAAGACUCGUGACAUCACACACUUCAUUCUCUUUGAGGCCCUGCUUUAACCUUAAGCGAUAGGCUGGUCCACCGAGGAAGGUCAGAGUGAGAGCCCAGAUUCCUCCUGUGUUAAGGGUCCCUGGCAUUCUUUUACUGUAAACAAACAAUGCCUUAAAUUGUGUCUUGUUUUCUGUUCCUAUGGGUGCUAUUCAUCCGGAAGGCCUGAUCCCUGGGCCCCUGGGGCCCUUCCAGGCCUUGUUGCCGUCGGCUCUUCUGAGGCAAGACCCAGCUUCAGGACCGUGGACUGGGCCGGCACUGGCCUGCUUGCUUCCUCCCAGCCCCCCUCCCGCAGGGUCUGAAGGCCCCGCUCUUCUCACCCCUCCCCCCGCCCCCGGGUCAGCAUGGGAAGUCUUGACGCUUUCUGCCAGCUUCUCGAGGCCGCCUGCGCGCACGGUGACCUGACCGGCUGCUCAGAAGCUACUUUGCACCGACCUCUCCCCGCCGAGCAAGGCUUUUGCUCCCAUCUUCUCACCCCUUUGCCUCCACUGCCAGGGCAGGGCCACUGGGAUUCUUGAUUACGCUGGGGAGCUGAGUGACACUGAGGCCUUAAGCUCCCCCAUUCUUGCCCCCAAACACAGUCACCAGCAAGUUCUCCAUCAUCCAAGUCCAAGGGCACAAUUGUUGACGACCGUGGUGACAAGAGCAAAGCCCUGGGGAGGGGACGGUCCGAGCUCUGCUUUCGGCUGAGAGCUCUUCAGGUGAACGAUGUCCUUCAUCUGUCACUCCUUGUCAUACUUUUAAGUGACUUUUAUUUUGCACAAAUACAUUUUUAUUUAAAGUAAUGAAUAAAAAUUAGCUUUAUUUAUGGUAGCUUUAUCACCAUAGCUUCUCCCUUCAGCCCUUCCCCACCCUCUCUCCUUCCCUCUCCCUCCCUCUCUUUCCCCCCCCCUCUUUUUUUUUUUAAUCUGGAUGUCCUAAUUCUGAGAAGGAAACUCUUAAUGAUUUUCUGAAAGAGACUGAGUUUCUGGGUCCUUGUUGCUGUUGUGGUUUCAGAGCUCACACUGAUCAGACACCAAACUACUCUUAAGAGUUUCUGGGCAAGAUGCUUCAAAACAACAUCUUAACCAAUAAACUGUAAUAAUAGGUCGACUUAAGAACUACCAAAGGACCCACCACUGUAUUUUGAUCAAACGGUGACCACUUUUCUGAAAAUUCAGAUGAAUUGGUGAGGAGAGUAAUUGUCAUCAGGGUCUUAUUUUGUGGUUGAGUCUUACUAUGCUCCGUAACUAACCCUCCUUCAGAGCAAAAUCUAGAAUACUUUCAUGCCAGGAGAAACUCCAGAUGGUGAAAUUGAGGCCAGCAAACCUUGGUCAUCGGUGCUUCGCACACCCUCCCGCAGCUGGGGUCGAAUGCAUGCACCUAAUUCAUACCAACAACUGCUCAAAUUAGCAUCUGGAGGCUGAAUGAAUACAGCAGACACUCCAAACAUCUCUCACCAGAACCAUGCAGUAUUAACGCUUUAACUUACAUUGAAUCUGAUUCUACCUGUUAAUUUUUUUUAAGUCUUAAGUUUGAAUGAAAUUAGAAGACUACUUUCCUUGAAUUUCUCUACUCUUCAAACUGUCCUGGUUUUUCUGACAUGAAAUUAUAGAAGCCAAUCCAAAAACCUCAAAAUUUCAGACUUACACUAAAUCAGGUACUUUCUUGCGCUUUACAGAUUUUCCUUGUCUUUACAGAUGUUUUCCUCUGAGCCUAAUUUUGAAAUAGCACAAUUGCAAUUCUUUUCAAAGUGUCUAGUCUUCUCACUAAAAUUGAGAUUGAUCCCAUGUCCCCUCCCGGAAACAUUCCUAGCUCGGAUUCUCGUAGAACUGGUAAGAACCCUGAACUUACCAGAAGAGUCCUGCAGAUGAGGCUGUAAGGCACUUGGCUCUCUCCCAGCAGGGGCUCAGGGCCAAGCAUGUGAGUUAAGUGCUGAUUGUCUUUCCAGCGUUGGUUUGUCCCUCAAGCUGCAGGUGAGGAGGCCUGCAAGCCGGGGACAGAGGGGGGACAGGCACAAAACCCCAAAGGGGAAAGUCCCCGGGUGGAUUCUGGCCCUGGAAGGUAGCAUUUCUGGGUCUUGCUCUUUGACUAGCCAUGGUGCACAAAUGUCUGUGAAAACAUUGAAGGUGAUGUGUCUUGCAUGCAUAUGUUGUAUCAUUUUUGUUAAGCAAAGAGAUCAUGGCACCCCAGGAUGAAAGUUAUAGAAUGCUAUCUACAAACUGUGGAGUAGGUAGCUGGUAUCCUCAUGAUGCCGCCCACACAGCUCACUCCCCUCUCCCUGGGAGUAAUUUUCACCCCUCUCAGUCCAACACGUUUUGUAACUCAAGGUCAGCCAAGUGCAUUCUGACAACUGAAACUUCGUGGAGGAUAGAUUUGGUGGAAAGCAGUAGAAAUAUUGUUCUGAGCGUGCCCAGUGGGACAGUGUGGCCUCCCUUCCCUCCCUGAAGAAGCCUGCCCAUUCAUCACCCUGCCCCCUGUGGACCCUAAAGAGAAGACACUUGAAGGGAUUCUGUUUACGAAGGAACCCGCUCUCUUGCCAACUGAGUUUAUAAAGUGUUUUUUCUUCUUACCAAUAUGGCCAGUAUUUCUUUCAUCGUCUUCCUCCCACCUCCCAAGCCCAAGAAGUGUAUCUUUUAGGAUGCCAUUGUACAGGUGGAAAAAUGGUCCAUGAAAACGGGAAGUCAUUUGCAAGCAGGGUCCGCUUUCAUUCCACAGGCGGAGUCUAGAGCUCUGGAUCCACGUUACUGUUGCUUAGAACCAGGUGAACAUUGCUAAAAACACAACCUGACUUUCAUGAAUCACUUUAAUCAGCCCCACAUCAUUCUGCAUGUUGGGUGACUUCAUGUUUUAAAAAGGAAAAAAAAAAAAAAAAACUACAAGAGUCCCUCUGAAAUAACAGAUCCUCUGUGUGAAACCACCCAUUCAUCCAUUGAUUCUCAUCCCUUGUGAGUGCUUCCUGUGUGCCAGGCUCUACCCAGGACAGAAAUGUCUGAGAACAAGACAAACCCAAGCCCUGCCCUCAUGGAGCUGACCCCUCAACGAACAAAUCAUCUUCACCAUGCCAUUUCCUCUCUCCCAGCAAGACCCUGCCUCCCUCCUAGCACAGGGUAGGAACCAGGUGCAGAUUCCUCCAGAAAGGCUUCAAGAAGCUCAACAGACUGAAUAGCCUUUGACUUGUGAGUCCAGUUGCUGUCCUAGUGACUGGUUGGCACAGAGCUACGGCUGAACACAGUGAGGACUCCGAGGUGGAACCAGAGGGUAGGGUCAGAAUGCUCACAGUAUUUACUUCAGAGGUUUUUUGGUUUUAAUUUCAAUGUUAAAGACAAGCACAGCAUGAGUGAGAGCUGCAUUUCCUUGGGUGUCGAGAACUCGUCCCAUGGACCACCUCGCCGCUGGUGCUGCACAAGUGUGUGUGCGCCACGGGCAGCCCCGAAACCCCUGCUCGCAGCAGCAACGAUGGAUCAUCUGUCGGUUCUAUAACCACUCAUCUCUUUGUCCGUUUCUGAAUGACUGUGACCAUUCAAUAAUGAAACAAUAGUGAUUAAUUUAUUAGUAUGGUAUAAUCUUCAAUAAAUUUUGUGCCAAAAUGCAUGGUUUUCCACUUAGCAUUCAAAAUGUUGCAUAGAGAGUAGUUUUCAAUUUCUUACGUAUUAUUCAAAGUAAGUUGAAAAUCAGUUUUUACAUUUUAAUUUGUCUCUUGUUCAAUCUGUUGCACUCUCCUGGGCUGUCUUUUUUCCCGGCAGACCCCCUGCAUGCAGUUGUGUAAGGACUUUCCCUAAUUCUUGUGAAUUGUCUCAUCCACAGUAACCACUGAACAUCAGCCCUCUGUGGGAUUCUUUAGAUUUUUGGUGAAGUAUUUUGUUACCUCAGUCUUGUAUCAAGUUGCUGUAUUUUUCAGCU